CCUUAUCUUGAUAGUGGGGUAAGGCUCACAACUCACAAUACAAUAAAGUAAUUAAUUGCCCUAUCAAGCAACUUGAAACCCUCACGAAAAGUCGAAGAGAAGAUCAUUGCAAAUUAUGGAGCGGUUUGGUCGGCUACCGAAUAUUUAUACCGCCGGUAACCAUGGAGCGGUUUGGUCGGCAGUCAUUGUCAUGAAGAUUGACCUUCGAUUGUCAACUUUUCCCAAAUUUUUAGAAUUAGGGUUUCAAAAAAUUGGGGAUUUUUGAUUUAGGAUUCAAAUUGAAGCAAUUUUAUGCAAUUAAAUGAUCGAUCUUGCUCGAAUUUAACUCCUAAAGCAUAGGUAAGUUUUAAUUUACAGAAAAUUUGAUGAUUUUUAGUUCCAAACUCAGAUCUCCUUUUUCUCUCUCGCGUUUCCCAAUAAGCGUCCAAGGCGAUCGCCUAUCGCCUCUGUGGGCUUGCACCUCCCGUAGGUCGCUUCACCUAGGUCUUCGGAUGCGAUUUUCCUCACACCUGGACUCGCCCCUCACCUAGGCGCGUCUUGGGCGCGCUUUUUAAAACUAAGGCCAGACCUACUAUGCUAUAACACCGUUCACCUUGUAGCACUUUCAUGCUAAAUUCAUCAACCACCCAUUUUGAAAGUUUCGGUGAGAUUCAUGUCUUGGACCUUAUUUGGGAGGGUGGAAGGACAAUUGAUUCGGGGGGGAUGAACUUUUUAUUUGAUUGGUAGCUAUGCUUAAGGGGACAAAAGAACAUUUUCAAAUAUAAUAUUCCUCACCAUGUUGGUGUGCAACUAGAGCGUAUUGCUACCACUUUCCCUCGGCGACACUCUAUCAGCACCUUUUCCUGUCGUAAAGUUGUAAAUGGGGUGGAUUUGUGUGGAGAAGUGAAGUGGGGCUAACAAAAAGAGACAAAGCUGCGUUUUGUUGUAAUUUAACGAACAUGAUACAAUGGUUUUCUAACCAAAGACAACCUAAAGGUGAGGUAUCCAAUGUCAUGGUGACCGUAACUACAAAAGCUAGGAAUAAAAAACACCCAUAUAUAAUAUUUCGUUUACCAAAAACCACCCACCAAACUUUAUUUUAGCUCCUUUUAGUUUCUCUUUUCCCCUCCACCACUUCAAUGGUUCGACCACCUCGAUUGGCUAUCUUUCCCCACUUCCAUCCACGUCUAUCUUCUCUCUCUUCCCCCACCACAACACCUAACCUCCUUGGAUAUCUUUCUUCUUCCCAAAGCACCUUAACCACCUCCUCCAAAACUUGAUGUCUAAUUCAUUCAGUCUCUAACCCAAAUCCACCCCCUAUUCUAUCUCAUCUACACCCACAACGAUUUUCCUAUAUUUAGCCCAACCUUGUUGUUCCCAACCACCUUAGCCUUAGCCCCUUGCCCUAAUAUAUAUUCACUCCAAUCCCAACAAAAAUCCUUUACCAUAGAAGAAAUCCACUGGAAAGUCUCUCUUCCACACUUUAUUUUCUUUUGCUACCAUAAAUGAGAAAAAAUUGUUAGUACAGAGGCAAGAGGCAUGGAUAUGUUUAUGGUUGAUUGAGAGAAUAAUAUUGUUUGUGGGAGAGAUGAGUGUUGAAUUACAUCGCAUAAUCAAGAGAAUGGCUUGAUGAUUCUUAAUUUAUGAUUAUUAUUUGUUGAGAUUAGACUUUAGAGAACACAUGGUGGUUGUGGCUAUUUUGGGUGGGGAUUUCACCAUUUGUGGGUACCUUUGUCGUGGAAGAAGAAUUUGUGGUGAGGGUUUAGUUUGUCUGAAUAAUUGAGGUAUAGUGGUGGUGAUGGGAUUCAAAAGGUUGGCAUAAGGUGGUUGUGCAUGUAGCCUUGGAGGGAAGUGGUGUUAAAUGUUAAUAGUUGGAUUGUAUUGGAGCUAGGGUGGCCGGACGGUAGGACUUAGUGGUAGAUCUUGUUUGGUUUUGUUUUUAAAAGAAAGAUUUAGAAGCUAAUAAAGUAACAAUUAGUUUAGUUUUGAUUUUGAUGAUUAAAUUAUUAUCUUUUGACAUAUAUACUAACGAAAAUCAUUAGGGAGCAUGGGUAAACAGUUUACUAGUUGAGAGCGGUUUAGUUGAAUUGUUUCAGUUGUAGGUGGUUAUGAGAAUAAAUCCCUUAGUUAUGACUUAUGCGUGAUUUGGGGUUAAAAUCCUAAUAUUAGUUAUCGAAAAAAAAACUUUGAAGAAGAAAGGAGAUAGAGUAUCACUGGAUAGGGUCUUCACAGUCUGGUUGAGUUGAGACUUCAAACGAAUGAGGUGAAACCAGGAGUUACAUAAUUCAUGGGAUAUGGCAACCCUGCAUAUGAUGGGUACACUAGAAGAUCCAUAAAAUAUAAUGAUUUCCGUUACUAGCAACUUGUAGCAAGUACACUGACAAAAAGCCCAAAGUCCACAAUAUUAAGCAUCAAUAGAAUCUUUUUUUCUGUUACAUAGAAAAGGAUACUUCUGUAAUUACCCCUGCUGCUUCAGAUUUUAAAUUUCUUAACUUCAUUUUUAUAAAUUUCUAAUUAUAACAAAAUGGAUCUCCAAUGGUCGAAGGAUAUGUGGCAUGUAGCAUAUAUGUAUCUAUAUUGUUUUGAUAAAAACAAAACCUACAGAUUUCAUAUAACAGUUUUAAAAGGAUUAUACCUAGAAGAUUCCAAAUCUCUAUAAUUUAGGAAACUAGAGUUUGAGAACAAGCAGGUCUCCUAAACCAGUUUACUUAUUUUCCAAGCAAAGUUUGACUAUAAAUAGACCUUCAACAAUAACAAUCAGUUUGCAUACACAAGGUGAAGAAGAGGAAAAGCAGAGCAGGGCAACAGGCUAAAAUUUCUCCUCAUCCUCCCUCCCAAACAAAAAACAUCACAGAUGGCUCACACUAAGCAAACUGCCCGCAAGUCUACCAUCGGAAAGGUCCCCAAGAAACAAUUAGCCUUCAAGGCAGCACGCAAGUCCGUUCCCAGCACAGGCGGGGUGAAGAAGCCUCACAGAUACAGACCUGGCACUGUCGCCUUCCGUGAAAUUCGCAAGUAUCAAAAGAGCACAGAGCUAUUGAUCAGGAAACUCCCCUUCCAGAGGUUGGUUCGUGAACUCGCUCAGAACUUCAGGAAUGAUCUGCGUUUCCAGAGCCAUGCUGUUCUUGCCACUCAGGGAGCAGCCGAGGCAUACCUUGUUGGUUUAUUUGAAGACACCAAUCUCUGUGCUAUUCAUGCCAAGCGAGUCACUAUAAUGUCCAAGGACAUCCAGCUCGCGAAAAGGAUCAGGUGUCAAGGUGUUUAAGCCUCUCAAGUGUCGAAUAUAUUGGCUAGUUCAAGAUUAAAAUGUCAAUGCUAUCCCUAGUUCACUAUCUCUUCUAGUACUAUCUAGUCUAGUCAAUUAAUAAGCAGUAGAAGCAGUCUUCCCUAGGAUUUUAUCAUUUUCAUGUACAAUUAUCCAAGUAUGUUUCUUUCUUAUAGCUAAUCCAGCCUUUUCAGACGUUUAUUUUCUCAGAUUUCUUCAUAUUUGAGUAAUGAAAGGGAAUUGGUUUCCAGAAUUUA